AUGAGCCUGGAGUCCCUAUUGCAGCACAUCCUCUGCUCAGAGCACCAGGCCGAGGAGGGCCGCCGCCUGCAGCGGGAAGUGAGGGCAGAAAUAAGCAAAUCCCGGGAGCGAAUCCGGACAGCGGCUGAGUUGCUCCAGCAGGACAAGAUGCGGUUGGAAUCAAAGGUUCAGCAGUUUUCUGAAAAAUCCUUCAUCCUACAGAUUUUGAAAGCUCAAGAAAAUGCUUUAGAAAGACAAUGCAGUGAAAUUACAAGCCAGAGGAAUAUGCUUCUCCAAACAUUUGAGAAUAUAACAAAAAAUAUAACAGAAGAGGAGGAAAAAUUUAUGAAGGAAAUUAAAGACUUCAACAAUGAAUAUGAAAUAACCAGAAAAAGAGAGCUUUUGAUGAAAGAAAAUGUCAAGAUUGAAAUGUCUGACCUAGAAAACCAAGCAAACCUUUUGAAAAUGGAAAUGAAAUUAAUGGAACAUGAUAGUGACCAGUUAGCUCAACUUCAAAGACAAAAGAAUGAAUUAUUACAAGAGUUAUUUGCACUCCAAGAAAAACUUAAAGUUUUUGAAGAUAAAGAAAAUGAAGCCAUUUGUACUACGAAACAUUUAGAAGCAGAAAAAAUAGAAAUCAGUAAAAAGCCUCAAAAUGAUGCUGAAUGUUUAAGACUCAAAAGAGAAUUAGACUUUUAUAAGGAUGAGGACAUGCAGAGCAUAUAUGAAUCUCUCCAAACAGAAAUAGAAUUUUUGGAGUUGACAUUGGCACAGAAAGAGCUUCAGAAAACCACUAAGAAUUGA